CGCAGCAAUGAUUCGUCAACUUAAAUGAAGCUUUUCCACGCGCUGUGCAUAUCCGCAUUCUCUUCUGUCUUUUCCUCUUUCUUUUUCAUUUCGUCUCAUUCGUAACACGAUGCCCACAAUAUCGGCUUUGAAAGAGAGAUACGCUUUUGCUACGACCCUUGAGGAACGCCAAGACGCCAUCCGACAACACGCUGUCACUGGCACCGACGAAUGGUACUACUAUCGGGGUCUGACAUUACUGGCGCAGCUGCAAGAAACUGUGUCAAGCGUGGCGCCACGCCAGCCAACCGAAGCCGAAUCUGAGCUUGUUGCCGAAAUACGGAGCUUGCUCCACCAAUACAGCCGGUUGAACAACAGGGUGUCGACCAGUAACAACUACCGCAAGCUCAACGCACGGUUCCAUUUGUUGCUUUAUCCGCUGGACUCGUCCACGACAACGACUUACAUCCGAGAUCAGCUUCAUCUGGUAAGUGAUGAUACUGAGGACCCGCACCAGCAGCCACCACAAGAAGAAGAGGCUGGGUCGCCCAAGCCAACGCGUCGCGUUAAGCCAGGAGACUUUGACCCUUCUAUCCUGGAACCUGCUACCGUUCUCGAUCGAGCACUCGCGCGUAGCGACCGCAUUGAGGCAUUACUCGCUUUUCCUUGCCUCCGAGACGAGUACGAGAUGGAAAAAGAGCAACAAGUUCUGCAUGAGCUGCUUUCGUCUCCGCACUCGGAUACGCGUGAUCAAUGCGACAUUGUGCAGCGUUUGGCUCGGUUCCUUGACAAGUAUAGCGACUAUUCCGUCACACAGUUUCAAGUAGACAACCUGACUAUCGAGCAAAUGGAGCGAUUGAUGCAAACACAGCAGCGCCAUGAGCUUAUCGAAAUGUACAUUGGCAAACUGGGCAAGGACGUUGACCGUGUGUGGUCUUUUGUGAAGGCAUUGCCCGACAGCUACAACGGGCUCAAAUACUUGAUUCUCUUCCACAAGAUAAAGGAUGCCACCAUCCACGGUCAGUUCGAAGAUCAUGCAUUGUUCGAGUCUUAUUGGAGAGUGCGCAGUGGGCGCCGUGACAACUGGCGCUUCAAGGAAUUUCCAUCGCCAAGUCCCCAAGCGCAUGAAGAGCUGGUCACUGCUUAUUUGGCAGGCGCAUUGGCCAAGAACCCCGAACUCAGACUGCAGCACUUUGAUAGCUAUGAAACAGAGCUUAAACACAAGCAUGCCAGCAUUUUAUUGACGCGCGUCCCUUCUGCUCAGUCACAAGAACAUUGGCGCGACGUUCUUGGAGCUGCAGUCUACCGCAAUCUCGUUGACAAGUCCGAACUCGGAUUUGGUUACUCAACUCUCCAUGCCAAGGAAACCUCAACCACACUGCAAGUCGUGGUCAAAAAUAUCCCUCAUGUCAGCAUCCGUGUCUUUGCCAUUGACCUGCAACAAUACUGGCGCCUCCAUCCGAGCGCAACUUCGAUCAAGGUAGACAGCGUUGACGGACUUUGUCCGACCUGGGAAAAAGAGAUGGAUUUCAGCAAGCAUCCUGCUAUUCAGACUGUGGAAAAUACCAUUGACUUGGAAAAACUGGCUCCUGAAGUGUUUGCCAGCCGUGGCGCGUGGGUGGUGGACUUUGUUGGUGGGCGUGAGAGUUGCCGCGCUAUUAUCCAAAAGGGUCGUCUACGACACAUCUGCAAGGAUACUUCUGCUGGUCAUUUGUUCCGUAUCCUUGAUGAAAAGAACGCCCCUGUAGAUGCCAAGAUAUUGUAUCGCAAUGAGUAUUACGAGGUCAAUGAAGACCACAACAUCCUGAUUCCAUACAGAUCCAAGAUUGACGAUGCUGGUGCAGAGGCCCAAAUGCUUAUUUUGCACGACGAGUUUUGUGAGCCUUUGCGAUUCACAUGCAAGCAAGAGGAUUAUACGCUCGACAUAAACUGUUACGUGAACCCAGAAAGCCUUGUACCCAACCGACAAACCAAGGUCGUUGUUAACCCACGCUUGACCAUUUACGAUGAGCCUGUACCGCUGCAUAUGCUAGAGUCCGUCAGCUUUACCGUUGACGCGACAAACAGUCGUGGUGUAAAGAGCACGUUUACUCAGCACGUGGCAGCAACAAGCCCGUCUAUGGAGUUUGAAUUCACUGUGCCAAACUCAUUGAGCUCGUUAGCUUUUCGUCUUCGCGGUCAAGUCCAGUCUGCCGAUGGCACAUCAACCCACGACGUCGACGCAACACAUGCCACAGAGUUUACUUCUAUGGGAGCAAUGGCUAGUGCAUAUCUACGAGCGGAUGCUGAUGGCUAUUUCAUACAAGUGCUCGGCAAGAAUGGUGAGCCUCAAAGGAAUACCGAUGUCCAUCUUGAAAUGACCCAUACAUUGCUGUCGUUCACUCCAGUUGAGCAGAAGUUGCGAACAAACGACAAGGGCACUGUCCGUCUGGGCAAGCUUGAUAACGUCUCACAAGUGAUAAUUACGGCGCCAGUGCGUAAAGUAUGGCAGCUUCUCGUCCCCACCCCUCAGACACCUUCUCGUAUGAAUCAACAAGCAGACCAGCCUUUCAAGAUUCCUGGUGAAUUCGUGUAUUGUGCCCUAUUUCAGCUGCUGGAUAGUGAAAGCGUCAACAUUAUCCACGACUGUACUAGCAAGGUGGCAGUGCAUGAUACCUACAUCGAUGUUCAAGGUCUGCCAGAAGGUGCAUAUCAAUUUCAUUUGGCAUCAAAGGGACGUAGUAUCAUGCAGUUGGAGUGCAUCAUCAUUGCCUCGGACGGACAACAGGCAACAAAGAGUGGUCACUGGUCUGAUUGGGUGCUCGGCAAGGAAGCGUAUGCGCAAACAAGCUCUCGCAAGCCACUCUACAUCGAUGAUGUUCAAGUGAGCGAGAAUCAAGUCAUUGUGAACCUUAACAGUACCGGAUCGUCAAAGGCAGCGACACGUGCCAUCGUUACAGCAAGUGCGUUUGUGUCUGAGCAAGGCACAGCCGUUGCUAGGUUGCUCCGCAGUUUACCAGCACGCCAGUUUUUGAAAGCGCCUCUGGAUACCGAGGCCACGUUCUUGACUGGUCGCAAGCUUAGUGAAGAAUUUCAGUACGUCCUUAACCGUGCACGCACUGAGAAAUGGUUGGGUAGCACUUUGACAAAGCCAUCGGUCUUGAUGUAUCCUGACGAACGUCGAACGACGACCACACAAGACCGAAAUUUGGAGAAGGACCGCACAUUUACUUCCAAACGAGAGCGGCAUCUUGAAAACGCUAGUUACAAGACAGUUGCAAGAAAUUUAGCAAGUUACGCAAAUACUAACUUUGCCGAAGCAACCAACGAUCUCACUUUUCUCAACCACCGCUGCCCGUCACUUAUUGUCACACCAGACGAGCAAGGCCAAAUUGCCAUUGACCGAGAAAAAUUGGGUGAUGGCAACAUUUUACAUAUUGCCGUACAGCACGGCGAGCAAGUUUUGAUCUAUCAGCGUAUUCUUGACGGUGCUCCACUGGACCUUAAACUCAAUGACCUUUCACAGCAAGGCAACUCAGACAUCCUAUACGUCCGAACCAAGGCUGUCGCCGAGCUCUUGCCGCAGCAGCAACUCACGCUCGACCUGAACCAUGAAUGGGAAGUCGUCGAUUCUUUUGAGAAAGUGUUUACCCUCUUUGAAAACAUGUCGAACGUUUCCCUUGGGCAUGUAGACUUUUUGAAGCGCUGGUCCAAGUUCACUGAUGAAGAGAAGCUUAAAAAGCACGACGAUAUGGCAUGCCAUGAGCUCAAUCUUUGGAUCAAGUUCAAGGACGUGAACUUCUUUGCCAAGCACAUUAGACCAUACCUCGAGUCAAAGUUGUUCAAGACUUUCAUGGACUACUAUCUUCUUGAUGAUCGUACCAGUUUGCAAUCGUAUGCAGACUCGAUCAAUCUAUAUGAGGAACUGUCCGUUUAUGAAAAGGCACUGCUGGCGAAAAAGAUACCCGAACUUCUCCCUGUAACUCUGCAAGCAUUUUUGGACACAUAUACUCCGAAGUCAGAUGCCAACUUUGACGCUGUCUUGGCAGGAAGCACUCUUCAACAACCGGGAAUGCCCCUAGGUGCCCCUCCACCACCGCCACCUGGAAGCAAUUAUGGUCUGGACUCAUCGAUGUAUGAGCAAGGCGAGCAGCUGAACACCCUUCGAGCUACGCCGCGUCACGCAAUGAUGGCUGCAAGACCUGCUGCGUUCCCACAAUCUGGAUUUGGUAGAUCUUUAGAUGCUUCGGUUACUCCUCAGGCUUUUGGAGCACAACAGCAGCAACAACAACCUGUGCUCAUGGCUUCUGCUUCUGUUCAAGUUUCUGCGGAAGACGAGGAAGACUCUGAUGAGGAUAUGGGUUUUGGUCUGUUUAAUGGUGUAUCUGGCAGUGAAGGACAAAAUUCUGACGAUAAUCUUGAUGAAUUUGAACCAGAAGACGAAGCUGGCGACGACGAAGAAGACGCCCUCCGAGAAGCAUUACGACAGCGCCAGGGCAAAAAGUUACCAUUCAGAUUUACAAAGCCAACCAAAGAAUGGGCCGAAAAGGGCUAUUAUCAGUCUGCACGAUAUGGACAGCCGGUGGAAGUGAACCGGUUUUGGAUCGACUACUUGGAGUCUGAUGCGCAAGGACAAUUCCUUUCCGGGAACUUUAUUUAUGCCAUAAACAGCUUCACGGAAAUUAUGUUCGCACUAGCGCUGUCUGAUUUGCCGUUCAAGUCCCAGUGGAAGCAAGAAUCCGACAUCCCCAACAACAAGCUUGUGAUUACGGUGGAGACCCCUUGCCUUGUUUUUUAUCGUCAGCUUAAGGAGGCGCAAAACACCCCACCUGCUAACCCGAGCGUUCUCCUCGGACAAAACUUUUUCUUGAACAAGGACAAUGUUAAUGCUAACCAGGAUGAGCUUGACAUGGUUGAUCCAGCCGAUUUGGAGCCGGCUACAGAGUAUGGCUGGCACGUUGCUAUCAGUAACGUAUCGUCCAAGCGAUCCGAUAUCGAAGUGACACUCCAGGUUCCUGUCGGAUCGAUUCCUACCGGUGAUACGCCCUACUGCCAAUCACGCACGCUCCAGCUCCAGCCUUACUCUACCUGGCAGUCUGUUGUUGGAAGCUUCUACUUCCCAUCGUGUGGUGAAUUCGGUCAAUUCCCCGUCACCGUUUCUUGCUCCUCGUUGCUGGCUGGUGCGACUUCUCCGUUGAAGCUUCAUGUGAAAACACCGGAUACGGUGUCAGCAUCCUCUUCUUGGACAGCUUUAGCAAGCAGUGGUGCAGAUGACCAGGUCAUGACACAUUUGCUCCAGGCUAACCUCGAAAAGGUUGAUUUGGGCUUGCUGCGCUGGCGCCUGGGUAAUCCAGAGUUUGCUCGCAAGGUUAUUGAUACGCUACGCUACCGCCGGUUCUAUUCGAUCGCAGUAUGGCAGUAUGCUCUGCAUCACAGAUUUCCCGAAGCCAUCAGGGAGCUACUUGAAAAUGAAAAGAGUCUACUCGGUCUAUGUGGCACGGCCUUUGAAUCGCCACUCGUUUCAUCUCCGACACACUUCAUCGAACAUCCAACCUUGGUCGAAUAUGCCCCUGCUAUCCCAGCGCGUCAGCACCAGCUGGGAGCUUUGCCAGAGAUCCGUAACAGCGAAAUGUACAGAUCGUACACAGCGUUCCUCGACAUACUCGCUGAAAAGCGCCAGGCUAACAACGAAGAUCUAUUGAUCCUAACAGUCUACUUAAUCCUCCAAGAGCGGCUUGGCGAGGCACGAAAAAUGUAUCAACGCAUCCACCCAGCAGCAGCAACGAUUCAACAUGACUAUCUUGGUGCGUACCUGGAAACCCGUGUACGUGCUGAUCUAGUUGAUGCGACGACCUUGGAUCUUAGUGGUGUGCGCGAGAUCGCUGAAAAGUAUAUCCACUGCAGCCAGCUUAAAUGGCGCAAGAUGUUUGCAAGCCUUCGCGACUUUGUCGACGAAGUGGAACGACAGCAGCACAGCAAUAACAAGGAUGACCAGGACUCAGUCAUGCCAGAGCGACAACAAGCACAAGCGAUUCUCACUGAGCCAGUUUUGGACUUUGAUCUCGAGCAAAAUGAGCUUGUACUCCACUACUCCAAGGUGAAACAAGUUGAAAUCCGGUACUACAAGACGGACGUGGAGGCCAUGUUCUCUCAUAACCCAUUCAAUCGAUCAUCGGAUGCUGGUUGGGUCAAGCCGCACGUGAUACAGAAGAUCGAUCUGAACGCGAGUGAUAGUGAUGAAGUUGAAGAACAGUUGGAGCCUUAUGAAGUGAUUGGUGUCGGUAAAGCCAAUAUCAAGACGCGUCGUAUCUCUUUGCCAGGUGAUAUCACCCAUGCAAUUGUUCAAAUUAAUGGGGGCGGAUUAAAACGUCGUAAGCCGUACUUUUCUCACUCGCUGUUGGUCCACCUUGUCGAGUCCUACGGUAUGGUGCGUGUUGCGGACAAGGCCUCGAGACGACCUAUCGCCGGUACCUACGUCAAAGUUUAUGCACGUCUCAAGGAAAGCCAAGCUGUGGAGUUUUGGAAAGAUGGCUACACUGGUUUGAAUGGUGUGUUUGAUUAUGUCAAUGUCACCGAGGCCAGCUUGGAGAAACUGCAAAAGGUGGAUAAGUUUAGCUUGCUUGUUUCUUCAGUUAAAAACGGAGCAGUUGUGGAGGAGGUAUAUCCACCUUCCAGCUGCUGAACAUCGUGCUUUACCCCUUUCGUUCCCUCUCUCUUGUUAUUUUCCAGCCCAACCAGUUGAAUACAAAGCGGACUAAUAAAGACAGUUGGGAUUUGUGAUAUUGCGUUUUA